UGUUUUGCAACCCUUUCUUCUUUUAAAGACUUGAACUUUACUCUCUCCAACACACUCAUGGCGACACUUCUUCUCUCACCAUCUUCAUCCUCCUAGUGUCUGCGUUUCGUUCCAUCACAAACGGAUCUCUCUACCAUGAAGAGAUCCUUACUCUUCCUUCUCCUUGUGUUACUCUCACGCGCCGACGAUACUCACCCCGAGAUCGACGCACUCACCGCGUUUAAGCUCAACCUCCACGACCCACUCGGCGCGUUAACCUCAUGGGACCCCUCGACUCCCUCCGCUCCAUGCGACUGGCGCGGCGUCUUCUGCACGAACCGCCGCGUCACGGAGAUCCGUCUCCCCCGCCUCCAGCUCUCCGGACGAAUCUCCGACCGCAUCUCCGACCUCGGAAUGCUGCGUAAGCUCAGCCUCCGGUCCAACUCCUUCAACGGAACCAUCCCUCCUUCUCUCGCCUUCUGCACGCGCCUACUCGCCGUCUUCCUCCAGUACAACUCCCUCACCGGAAAACUCCCCCCGGGGAUGAAGAAUCUCACCGAGCUAGAAGUCUUCAACGUCUCCGGGAACCGUCUCUCCGGAGAGAUCUCCGCUCCUUUCCCGACGAGUCUCAAGUUCCUUGACCUUUCCUCCAACGUCUUCUCCGGCACUGUACCGAGUGGACUCGCGAACCUGACUCAGCUCCAGCUUCUCAAUCUCUCGUACAAUCAAUUAGACGGCGAGAUCCCCGCGAGCCUCGGGAAGCUUCAGAGCCUACAGUAUCUCUGGCUAGACUUUAAUCUCUUGCAAGGGACGUUACCUUCCGCGUUGUCGAACUGCUCCUCCAUUGUGCACUUAAGCGCGUCGGAGAACGCUAUCGGCGGCGUGAUUCCCGCGGCUUUCGGCGCUCUUCCUAACCUCGAAGUCAUCGCUCUGAACAACAACGGUCUCUCCGGUACCGUGCCGUUCUCUCUCUUCUGCAACUCUUCGCUUAGGGUCGUUCAGUUAGGGUUCAACGCCUUCUCCGACGUGGUUAGGCCCGAGACGGUUAACUGUGGUAGGACCGGUUUACGAGUUUUGGAUCUCCGGGAGAAUCGAAUCUCCGGUCGUUUCCCGAUGUGGUUGACUAACAUUGUCUCGUUAACGAAUCUCGAUGUUUCUGGAAACUUGUUUUCCGGUGAGAUUCCGGCGGAGAUUGGUGGCUUGAAGUUGUUAGAAGAGCUCAAGUUGGCUAAUAACUCACUCACGGGUGAGAUUCCGGUUGAGGUUAAGCAAUGCAGCUCGUUAGGGGUUCUUGAUUUGGAAGGGAACCGGUUAACCGGUCAGGUUCCGGAGUUUCUUGGGUAUAUGAAGGCUUUAAAGGUCUUGUCUUUAGGUAGAAACGGCUUCUCUGGUUAUGUUCCUUCGUCUAUGGUGAACUUGGAGCAGCUUGAUCGGUUAAACUUAGGUGAUAACAGCUUGAACGGGAGCUUUCCGGUGGAGUUGAUGGCUUUGACGAACUUAUCUGAGCUGGAUCUGAGCGGGAACCGGUUUUCCGGUUCGGUUCCGGUUAGUAUCAGCAACUUGAGUAACCUCAGUUUCUUGAACUUGAGUGGGAAUGGAUUCUCUGGUGAGAUACCAGCUAGUGUGGGGAAUCUGUUUAAGCUAACGUCUAUUGAUUUAAGCAAACAGAAUAUGUCUGGCGAGAUUCCGGUUGAGCUUUCCGGUUUACCCAACUUGCAAGUGAUUGCGUUGCAGGAGAACAACUUCUCUGGUGUUGUACCCGAAGGGUUUAGUAGCUUGGUGAGUUUACGGUACGUGAACCUUAGCUCCAACUCGUUCUCUGGUCAGAUACCGCAGACUUUCGGGUUUCUUCGGCUUUUGGUAUCUCUUUCGCUGUCGGAUAAUCGCAUCUCCGGUUCUGUUCCACCUGAAGUUGGAAACUGCUCUGCUCUCGAAGUUCUCGAGUUGAGAUCAAACCGGCUAACGGGUCAUGUUCCAGCUGAUCUCUCGAGACUUUCUCGUUUGAGAGUGCUGGACUUGGGUCGGAACAACUUGUCAGGUGAAAUCUCACCAGUGAGCUCGUCUCUCCAGUCGCUGUCACUUGACCACAAUCAUCUCUCGGGAGUCAUACCUGAAUCUUUAUCUGCGUUGUCGAAUUUGUCGAGGCUUGAUCUCUCUGUUAACAACUUAACCGGAGAGAUUCCACCUCUUGUUGCCAGUAACUUGGUGUACUUCAAUGUCUCGAACAACAACCUCAAAGGAGAGAUUCCAUCUUCUUUAUCCUCUACCAUCACCAACCCAUCAGAGUUUUCAGGCAACGCAGAGCUAUGCGGCAAGCCGCUGAACAGAAAAUGCGCGGACGCAAGGAAGAAGAGGAGGAAAAUGAUUCUAAUGAUAGUAACGGCUGCGAUAGGCGCGUGUCUUUUAACGCUCUUCUGCUGCUUCUACAUCUACACUCUCCUGAAAUGGAGAAAGAAGCUGAAACAACAGUCGUCAACGGGAGAGAAGAAACGUAGCCCCGGUAGAACGAGCGCGGGGAGCAGAGUACGCAGCAGCACGAGCCGGUCGAGCACGGAGAACGGAGAACCGAAGCUGGUGAUGUUCAACAACAAGAUCACUCUAGCCGAAACGAUAGAAGCGACGCGACAGUUCGACGAAGAGAACGUUCUCAGCAGGACCAAAUACGGAUUGCUGUUCAAAGCUAAUUACAACGACGGUAUGGUUCUCUCUGUACGCCGUUUACCUAACGGCUCUCUCUUGAACGAGAACUUGUUCAAGAAAGAAGCUGAGGUUCUCGGUAAAGUCAAGCACAGGAACAUCACUGUCCUUAGAGGCUACUACGCCGGUCCACCGGAUCUGAGGCUCUUGGUGUAUGACUACAUGCCCAACGGAAACUUAUCUACUCUCCUCCAAGAAGCUUCUCACCAAGAUGGCCAUGUCCUGAACUGGCCGAUGCGUCACCUUAUUGCUCUUGGGAUCGCUCGUGGACUCGGUUUCUUACACCAGUCCAACAUGGUUCAUGGUGAUAUAAAGCCACAGAAUGUACUCUUCGACGCUGACUUUGAAGCUCAUUUAUCCGACUUCGGGCUUGACCGUCUCACGGUUCUAUCCCCGUCAAGAACAGCGGUGACAUCAGCCACCAUCGGGACGUUAGGAUACGUUUCUCCAGAAGCUACAUCAUCCGGAGAAAUCACAAGAGAGUCCGACAUCUACAGCUUUGGCAUUGUCCUACUCGAAAUCCUAACCGGGAAGAGACCGGUGAUGUUCACACAAGACGAGGAUAUAGUGAAAUGGGUGAAGAAACAGCUUCAGAGAGGUCAAGUCACAGAGCUGCUGGAGCCGGGUCUGCUCGAGCUAGACCCGGAGUCGUCGGAGUGGGAAGAGUUCUUGUUAGGUAUCAAAGUCGGACUUCUUUGUACGGCCACGGAUCCUCUUGACCGACCAACAAUGUCUGAUAUUGUGUUCAUGUUAGAAGGCUGUCGUGUUGGUCCUGACGUCACUUCCUCCGCCGAUCAACCCUCACCGGCCUAACCGCUUUUUUUAUUUAUUUUCUUUCCUGAUUUAAAUUCUUAGUAAGAAAAAAAAAACAAGAACUAUUAAUAUUUUGAAAAUUCAGCAUUAUUAUUACAUUA